AAAUGUUUUACCAUAUAAAGUUAGAACAUGAAAUAUUAUUACACCCAAAAUAUUUUGGACCGAAUCUAACAGAAACAGUGAAAACAAAGUUGUUUUCGGACGUCGAAGGAACUUGCUCCGGGAAGUAUGGCUUUAUCAUCGCUGUUACGAAUAUAGAGCAUAUUGGUGCUGGUAUAAUACAGCCAAAUCGAGGAUUUGUGCAAUACCGAAUAGUAUAUCGUGCCAUCGUCUACCGGCCGUUCAAGGGCGAGGUCGUAGAUGCUAUCGUUACCCAGGUUACUAAGGUUGGUGUGUUUGCGGAAGCUGGCCCUCUCACUAUUUUUAUUUCUAAAUAUUCUGUCCCUUCCAAUAUUAAAUUUGAAGGUGCUGAGACCACUACCGACGGUCUCAACGAUGAAGAUGAAGAAGAGACCCAAACAGUACAGAUUGAAGAUCGUAUUAGAAUCCGCAUAAUUGGUCUCAGAGUUGACGCCAGUGAUAUUUUCGCCGUUGGCACUCUAAUGGAUGAUUAUCUUGGUCCAUGCACCUAGUUUCCAAACUGUUGAAUUUUGGUAAAGUUUUCGACUUAAACAUCAUGUUGUUCAGACUACCGUCUUCUAGUGAAGUCGUUUCGAGGAUAACUGCUUUUGUACAAAUAUGGCAAUUGAUUCUACUGUAAAUAUAUAUUUUUUUGUAUAAAUACAAAUGUUUGUUAGUGAUUAUUAGUACUCCCUUAUUUCCGUAAUAUAUCGGGGAAACAUAUAUCAACAUAAAAUCUACAUAAAAGUAUAUAAAUCAGAAAUGCUGCUUUUCUUAGCAACAAGGGACGGAAAAGUGAUCGAAAGUAUAUUGUUUAUUCCAAAAAUCUUAGGAUGACCUAUGUGAGUUACUUUUCACGUCCUUCUGCUUAACGACACAACGAUUCGCAUACAAUCAAGUGUUGUUCUAAAGUUGUUUUGACAUUGAAGGUGAGUUCUGUGCUUGUACUAAUCCUCUUCAUCAACCU